AUGCACUUAACGGCAGCGCUUACCCUUUUCUUGGCUGCCGCCCAGGCAAGCCCUCCCAUCCAGCAGGUCAUCGGUACCAGUGGUCGAUCUCUGCACCGAUGGUCACUUGAUGAUAUCGUUACCUCUUACUUUGGAGAUGCCUCCAAGUGCUGUCCUAAGGGGACCCAGUUCGACGGCGAGAGAUGUGUUCUCGACGGUCCUAAGUGCGACAAUGGCAAGCUCGUGGAUGGAAAGUGUGUAACCGACCCCAUUUGCCCUGUGGGCCAAUGGAAUGUGGAAAUGUUUGUAUCUAUGAGUCCGGUCCUACAUGUAGGGAUGGCUCAAAACCCGACGGCGAUGUCUGUGUCUCCAAGGGGGCCCCUAAGUGUGACAACCCCGGCGACGAGUUCAAGGGAGGAGUUUGUGUUAGUACCAAGAAACCAGUCUGCAAGGAUGGAUCGCAGCCCAGUGGCGGAAUGUGUGUCAGCGAGAAGCCUCCAAUGUGUGGUGGCGAUGCGGAAUGGGCCCCUGAGCUCAAAAAGUGCGUUUCUGGAACGCCUCCUAUCUGCAAGUCGGGCAAGUUCGACAACGGCUUUUGUGUUUCUGAUUCUGACCCGGAAUGUAUCGACGAUGAGAAUAAGUACAACCCGAAGACCGGCUUCUACGGAAAAUGCGUUGGCGAAGUUAAGCCGGAUUGCACGGAUAGAUACACUUACAGCUACGAUUUGGCGUCUCAGACUGCUUGCUAUUCCAUCCCCGGGCCGGACGGGUGCCCCUCCGACACCACCCAGGGCAAGGACCGCUGUACGAAGCCAUCUGGUGGUCUUGCCCAUUGCCCGCCUGAAUUUAGAGAGAGCAAUGGCCAAUGCAUUGGCAGAGGUCCCUUCUGCCCCCCCAUGCUCAACUAUGAACCCAGUCUCAAUGCCUGCGUCGAGGACGAGAAUCCCGAAUGUUUGGAGCCUGGCAGCAAGCUCGAGAACGGCAGGUGUAUUUUGGAGCUCACCCCUGAAUGCCCUAAGGGCUCCCGCCAGGAAGGUAACUAUUGUGUUACGAUCACCAAACCCUACUGUGAGGGCGAAGACGAAGGAAAAACCCACUUUGACGGAACCCAGUGUGUUUCCAACGAGACUCCUGAGUGUGAGGAUCCGAGCGCCCAAUAUGACGGCGAGGAGUGCCUUACUGGCCGUAAGCCGGUCUGCGACGAGGCCAAUGGAUUCUUCCUCCAAGGUGGCCGCUGCGUGUCGACAAAGACCCCCGAGUGUCCUGACGGUGGUAAGCUCAAUGCUCAGGGCGAGUGUGUUUCCAAGAGAAAGCCUAAGUGCAAGGCCGGCGACCUCAUUGGCAAGGACUGUGUGGUUGGUUCUGUCAAAUGUCCCAAGGGAACCUGGGAUGGCAAGAACUGUGUCGUCAAUGAAGAUCCCAGGUGCCCUCCCAACCAUAAAUGGAUUCCCAGCAAAAGCAAGUGUGUCUCUUUCGAAAAGACUCAAUGCGGAAAGGGCUAUUACCCGAAGAACGGAGAAUGUGUCUCCAAGCACGACAAGGUUCGUUGCGACGAUGGCGCAGAGUGGGACCCCAAGACUCAGACUUGUCUUGGAACCAAGCCCGAGUGUGAAGACGGUAGUGUCCCUGAGGGAGGCGAGUGUGUCUCUCAGGAGAUUCCCAGGUGCCCAGAUCCCGAGCGAUUCGAAUUCAACGGCAAGAAAUGUGUACUCAAGAAGGGCCCUGAUUGUGCUCCGGGUUUCAGACUGCUCAAGGGCGAGUGUGUUUCGGAGAUUGGCCCUGUCUGUGGCUACGGCCAGGUUGCAAAGGAUGGCCGCUCCUUUGCUGUAA